CGCGGGGCCAGGGCGGGCCGGGGGCGCGCCAGUCCGGCGGGCGCGCGGGGGCGGCGGGCGUGGCGCCACCAAUGGCAAACAAAGGCCGCCCCAGUGAAUCAUGUGGUGCCGGGGGAGGAAGUGCGGCUUGUUUUCUUCUCGCCAGUCUUCGGGCUGCGGGCGGAGCGGGAUGCGCGGGGACCCCCGCGGGGGCGGCGGCAGCGGCGGCCGCGAGCCCCGAUGAGGCCGGAGCGUCCCCGGCCGCGCGGCAGCGCCCCGGGCCCGAUGGAGGCCCCGCCGUGGGACCCGGUCCGCAACGACUCGCUGCAGCCCACGCUGACCCCGGCCGUGCCCCCCUACGUGAAGCUCGGCCUCACGGUCGCCUACACCGUGUUCUACGCGCUGCUCUUCGUCUUCGUCUACGUGCAGCUCUGGCUGGUGCUGCGCUACCGCCACAAGCGCCUCAGCUACCAGAGCGUCUUCCUCUUCCUCUGCCUCUUCUGGGCCUCCCUGCGGACCGUCCUCUUUUCCUUCUACUUCAAAGACUUCGUGGCGGCCAAUUCGCUCAGCCCUUUCGUCUUCUGGCUGCUCUACUGCUUUCCGGUGUGCCUGCAGUUCUUCACGCUCACGCUCAUGAACUUGUACUUCACGCAGGUGAUCUUCAAAGCCAAGUCAAAGUAUUCUCCAGAAUUACUCAAGUACCGGUUGCUGCUCUACCUGGCCUCGCUCUUCAUCAGUCUUGUUUUCCUGUUGGUGAAUUUAACCUGUGCCGUGCUGGUGAAGACGGGAAAUUGGGAGAGGAAGGUGAUCGUCUCCGUGAGAGUGGCCAUCAAUGACACGCUGUUCGUGCUGUGUGCUGUCUCUCUCUCCGUCUGUCUCUACAAAAUCUCUAAGAUGUCCUUAGCCAACAUUUACUUGGAGUCUAAGGGCUCGUCUGUGUGUCAAGUGACUGCCAUCGGUGUCACCGUGAUACUGCUUUACACCUCUCGGGCCUGCUACAACCUGUUCAUCUUAUCCUUCUCUCAGAGCAAGAGUGUUCAUUCCUUUGAUUACGACUGGUACAAUGUGUCAGACCAGGCAGAUUUGAAGAAUCAGCUGGGAGAUGCUGGAUAUGUACUGUUUGGAGUGGUGCUUUUUGUUUGGGAACUCUUACCGACCAGCUUAGUAGUUUACUUCUUCCGAGUUAGAAGUCCUGCAAAAGACCUUACCAACCCUGGAAUGGUUCCUAGCCCUGGAUUCAGUCCCAGAUCUUAUUUCUUUGACAACCCUCGAAGAUAUGACAGUGAUGACGACCUUGCCUGGAACACUGCCCCUCAGGGUCUUCAGGGAAGUUUUGCUCCAGACUGCUAUGAUUGGGGACAACAAACUAACAGCUUCCUGGCACAAGCAGGAACUUUGCAACAAGACUCAACUUUGGAUCCUGACAAACCAAGCCAUGGGUAGAAUCAGUUAACAGUUUUAUGGACAAUUCCUCAGUUGAAAAGCUUCAGAAACACAAACUUAUUGACAGCUGAAUUUUUAGGGCACUUUUCCUUAAGAAAUAGGACUUGAUUUUUAUUCGUUGUUUGUUAAAGGUUUCUAAAGGCUCCAUAGGACUAAAUGAUAAUUUAGAUUGACAAACUCUUAUGUUAAUAUUAAAAAGUGAGCCUGGCUAUUUCAGUGGGUAUAAUUUAAACUUACUAAAGAAAAUCUGUACUUUUAUAAGGAUAUAUUUUAUAUAACUUAAUAAUGCUGAAGUAUACUAGAGUUUUUUCUUGAGAACAUUAUUGUAAUAUGUGUUGCAGUUUGCACAGAAUUUUAUGCAUAAUUCACUUUAAAGGUAUAGAAUAUAUGGUCUUACGGUUUUUUAAGGCUUUUGAACUAAAGUAUUCCUCAAAUCCUUACCUCUUCAGGUCACUGAAGUUCACUCAGAUCCUGAGCUCCACAUUGGUAGACUCCUAAAAUAAAAUUGACAUCUAGAAAGCUAAUUGCAACUCCAGUGUUGAAAGUUAAAAUUAAAUGGAAUAUCAACAAAUUGUAAGGUAACUCGCUCUUCAUAAGAGUUUUUUUAAGGUCCCGAUGGCUGAUGCCUUGAAGAAUCUCUUAAAUUGUGCCAAAAGUCUGUUACUUCCUUUCAGUAGGGCACUAAUGUAUACACUUCAAUGAUAACAAGUUAAUAAUGUUAAAAAUGUAGGUGAUUUAUACUAUAUUAAACCUCCUCUGCUAUAUUCAGAGCUUUUGCAUAGUUCUUUCAGCCCAGUGAAAUCUAAUAUCCUCAGGACCAUAGCAAGACUAUACCAUUCCCAACUCAAUGAACAUGCAUUACAUUCAGGGAGAAGAGAAGAAGUCCCAAAAAGCACAUUAAUAAUAAAUCCACCAAGCCCUUGAGCUAAAACUAUGUGGAAUCCUAAUAAUUUUUUCUGUAAUCUCCAACUAUAUUUAAAAUAAUGUCCUUUAUUUUUAAAUAGCUCGGUAAACACCUUUUGGAAGCAGCACUUUUAAAAUGACAGUAGCAUUGCAAUAUAUGCCAAUCUCUUAGCCACGUAAAGGGUACGUUCCAGACAAUUGUCUAUUAAGUCAUCUUUCAUGUAAGUGAAAAACAUGUUACGAAAUACUACCUCCCAGGCCAGAAAUGCUUAAACCAUCAUAUACAUUCUGGAGCCAGAAAACUCUGCCUGCCGGAUGGUUAAAUGCUCUGAUUUUCUACAAAAUAGGGAUAAGAUUCUAGAGCAAGCACUGUUACAAGAGAGAAGGUAUCCUUCUGCUCUGCCUAGGAAAUUUCAUCAUGAGACAGAGGGAAGGGCAAAUAAAAAGGAACUAUUAUUAGUAAGUCCUGCCUACGUAAUGCAACUCAUUUUAAAUGACCCUUACCAUUUUGGUCUUCAGGAAUAAGUGAUCUCUGGGCAUUAUUUCACUGAGAUCAUCUAUUUCUAUUACUUUGGUGGUAAUUAAAAUUGGGAUCUCAGGUUUCACUUGGGUCACAAUUGGGUUUUUCAUUUUUAAAGACUACCUUUACCCUGCGUGAUCCCACAUAACGACAUUCUUGCUUUCAGUGCAUGGGUAGAUUUGGGUCACAGACCAUAUAAAAUAGUCACUUGUCAGGGAAAAUUCUGCAUUGAAGCAAGCUCUGCACUGUUAUUCAGAGCGCCUUAAAAUAAUAUCAUAAGUAGUUAUUUUAAGUAGUUUUAAGAAACCCUAUUGUGGUCACAUUGUCUUUAUUACUAAUUGUUGGAAAAUUUUCAAGGCAGACUCAGCAUAUGCUUGAAACUUGAAACUCCCUCAAUAUUAUAUCAGGUAAGGGCAGAUGCAUUUUUAAAAAAUACAAUGAACCACCAAAAUCAUGUGGUUUACAUGAUUUACAAUUCUGUUGUUACUGGCAGAAAAAUUGAAAUGCCCAGCAUAAUUGAUAAGUCACAAUACAGUUUCAUGAUAAAGCUGCUAGUAUUUAUUUGAACUAUGUUUUUUGUUGGACAGGAUAAAAAUGUUCUAGGUGGUUAUUUUUUUUCUUCCUUCUUUUACAAAAAGGAAUGCUAAAACCUUUAGGAGUGUCACAAAGAAAAAAUAUUAAACGCUAUGAUUGUAUCAAACCAUUUCUCUCUCAUAGUAAAUGAUCAUGUAUACCCUGUGAAAUACUCAGGAAUGGUAUGGGAAGGAAAAUUAAAAUUCCUUUUGCUUUCCACUUGUUCUGCUAGAUACACUGAAAAAAAAUCUCCUUAUAUGGAAUAUUAGAGGCAAAGAGAGGAAAAGGAAGGAAUGAUUACUGGCUCUAAAAUACCAAAAUGUCCUGUGUUUUAAAGCUCCACAGUGACAUCAAAACUUUUGAGGGAAUUGAAGAGUUUAUGGGGGAAAGGCAGUGUCACGGAAAUUCUGUAUCUUUUAUCUAAGCCUGAUGCUACACUAAAGGCCGCAUGUGAAUGGUUGUGUGUAACUGCUGACAAGUUGGUGUCACCUCUGCAGCUUAUUGUCUAAGAAUUCCAACUAAUUUGUGUAGAUAUUUUCCUUUGGCUCUUUUUCUAUUUUACUAUUAACCCCUUUGAGCUGAUAAUAAAAACACCUUGGACUAGA